GAAAACAAAAUGUACAUCUCAGACUGCACAGGCCUCAGUUGAAAUUAAUCUUCAAAUGUUGUAGCUGCAUAAAUAAAGAAAAAUACAUUGGAGAUAUUUGCUGAAGUACAGGCAGAGUCGAAGCGCAGAAGGACCCAGCCUUUACCAUCACAUGCCGGAAACCAUCGACACUCAGUUUGCCAGAGAGCAGAUGGAGGUUCUCAGUGAGGUCAAAUACAAGGAAGACGGCAAAAAGGAUCUGAGUGUCAGUCUGUAUUCUGUGCUUCCUGAAACCCUGGAAACGCAGCGCGCCAAAGAGCUGAGCGAGAUGCUGAGUGAGGCGAAAUACAAAGAAGACAGUAAAAAGCAGAGCUCAGCGUCUUUGUACCACCAACUACCUGAAACUCUGGAGACGCAGCACGCCAAAGAGGCUGCACUGCUGCAGAACCAGCUCCUGUACAAAGAAGCUGUGAAGAAGGAGUUGUCACGUCCGGUUUACCACCAGCUUCCUGAGACCCUGGAGACCCAGUUCGCUCGGGAGGUCACCGACUUACAGAGUCAAAACAAAUACAAGGAGGCGGGGAUGCAGAGCCUCUCUCACAGUGUCUACUCUCAGCUGCCGGAAACGGAGGAGAUCAAGUUUGCUAAAGCUGUGGCUGAUCUGCAGAGCGAGACAAAGUACAAAAAGUCAGGCAGACGGGAGGCUGGCAGCUGUCUGUACUCUGUGAUGCCCCAAACGCUGGAAACGCAACACGCCAAGCAGGUCUCUGAGAUGCAGAGCCAGGUGAAGUACAAGGAAGAUGUGCAGAAGCAGCUGCAGUCCAGUCUGUUCUCCGGCCUUCCUCAGACCCCCCAGACUGAGCUAGCUAAGGAAGUGUCAGCGCUGCAGAGCGAGGUGAAAUAUAAGGGGGGCUGUAAGAAGGAGGCGUCCUCGCCGCUCUACCACCUCCUGCCUGAAACAGCAGAGAUGCAUUUUGCCAAGCAGAUGUCAGAGAUCCAGAGCGAGGUGAAGUACAAGAAGGACAAGGAGGAUCUGCCCGACACGCUGUACUCUGUGCUGCCGGAAACUCUGGAGACUCAGUUUGUCAAAGAGAUGUCAGAGACGCACAGCGAGGCCAAGUACAGGCAGGCGGCAAAGGAGCAGUCAGCAUCGUCUCUCUACUCCAAACUGCCGGAAACUCUGGAGACCAAACACGCCAAGGAAGUGUCGGAGCUGCAGAGCGAGAAAAAGUACACAGAUGACGCGAGGAAGGAGAUGCAAUCGUCUCUGUUCUCUCAGCUCCCCGAGACCGCAGAGACGCAGUUUGUUCGAGAGAUGACAGAGAUGCUGAGCGAGACCAAAUAUAAGGAAGAUGGAAAGAGGAGUCAGACCGCCAGCUUUUACUCCCAGCUCCCACAGACCAGUGAAACCCAGUUUGCCAAGUCUGUGUCUGAGAUCCAGAGUGAGAGCAAGUACAAAGAAGCAGGGAAGAGAGAAGCUCUGAACUGUCUGUACUCGAAGCUGCCGGAAACUCUGGAGACCCGGCACGCCAAAGAGGUCUCCCAGCUGCAGAGUCAGGUGAAGUACAAGCAGGAGCCGAGCGCCUCUCUGUAUCAUCAGCUGCCUGCAACCACAGAGACCCAGCUGGCCAAAGAUCUGAGAGACAUGUACAGUGAGGUGAAGUACAAAGAGGAGGCAAAGAAGGAGGUCAGGAAGAACUUGUAUUCUCGUCUCCCGGAGACGGCAGAGACUCAGUUUGCCAAGCAGAUGUCAGAGAUCCAGAGUGAGGCAAAGUACAAGAAGGACAAGGAGGAUCUGCCCGACACGCUGUACUCUGUGCUGCCGGAAACUCUGGAGACUCAGUUUGUCAAAGAGAUGGCAGAGACGCACAGUGAGGUCAAGUACAAGGAGGCUGUGAAGAAAGAGGUCAGCAGCUCUCUGUACCACCAGCUCCCUGAGACUCUGGAGACGCAGCGUGUUAAAGAGGUCACCGAGCUGCAGAGCGAGAACAAGUACAAGCAGAGCGGGAAGGAGUCCAUGUCGUCCAGUCUGUACGCUCAGCUCCCAGAGACGGCCCAAACGCAGCUCGCCGCCAAGAUGUCUGAGCUUCAGAGUGAGAGUAAAUACAAGGAGGACGGCCUGAAGAGCCUCCCUCAGAACCUCUACUCCCACCUACCCGAAACCAACGAGACUCAGUUUGUGAAAAGUGUCUCUGAGCUGCUGAGUGAGGCUAAAUACAAGGAGGCGAGUAAAAAGGAGGAGAGCAGCUGCCUGUACCACCAGCUGCCUGAAACUCUGGAGACUCUACACGCUAAAGAGGCCACGGACCUGCAGAGCCAGGUGAAGUACAAGGAAGGUAAGAAGGAUCUAAGCUCCAGCCUGUACCACCUGCUGCCCGAGACGGAGGAGAUCAAGUUCGCCAAAGCCGUCAUGGAGCUGCAGAGCGAGAAUAAAUACAAGCAGAAAUGCAGGCAGGAGGUCGGCAGCGACGUCUUCCAUCAGAUGCCAGAAACCAGAGAGAUGGAGUUUGUUAAGCAGAUCUCGGAGCUUCAGAGUGAGUCAAAGUACAAGAAGGACAUGGAAGACCUGCCCAACUCUCUGUACUCUCAGCUGCCUGAGACUCUGCAGAGCCAGUUCAUGAAGGAGAUGGCAGAGAAGCACAGCCAGACCAAAUACAAAGAGGCCAGCAGGAAGGAGUUGGUGAAAUCUCUGUACUCUCUACUGCCAGAGACUAAAGAAACUCAGCAUGCAAAAGAACAGAGUCAGCUGUGCAGCGAGAGGGCUUACAGGGAGGAGGGCAGGAGGGACGCUGGCUGCACCUUGUACGCUCAGAUGCCCCAAACCAUCCAGACCGUCUUUGCCAAGGAGCUGACCAAAGCACAGAGCGAUAAGUUCUAUAAGGAGAAGUAUAACCGAGAGAAAGGCAAAGCCGACUACACCAACAUGAAGACUCUGCCUGACGUGCAGCACGCCAUGGCGGUCACCAAGAACCAGAGCGAGGUCAGCUACAGAAAAGGUAAAGAGGAGCUUCAUCACUGCAACACGGCUCCUGACAGACCAGAUAUCCUGAACGCCGCCAACGCCACCAAACUGGCCAGCGAUGUGGCCUACAAGAAUCAAACCAAGCAGCCCGUCUACAGCGACAGCUCUCUUCUGACCCGAACGGACAUCCAGCACGCCAACGAGGUUUCAAAGCUGACCAGCCAGGUGAAGUAUAAGGAGAAUUUCCACCGACACUUGAAGGACCAGAAGCCGAGCUACAACCCUCUGGACUGCCUGACCUUCAGACACACUCAGGCUGCUGCUGCACUGGCCAGUCAGGUGAAGUACAGGACCAACCAGAACCAGAAGCCUGAGGGCUCCUUGGACCUGCCCAACCUCCUGCAUCUGGAGCACGCCCUGCAUGCCAGCAAGCUGCAGAGCAACGUGGAGUACAAAAAGAAGUACGAGCUAGCGAAGGCUCACUACCACAUAGCUGUGGACACGGCUGAACAGCUCCACCACAAGGAGACCGCAGUGCUGCACAGCCAGGUCAAGUACAGAGAGGAAUAUGAGAAGAGCAAGGGUCGCUCUCAGAUGGAGUUUGGAGAAACUCCAGCCUAUAAAGUGUCUAAAGAAGUUCAGAAGAUCCAAAGUGAGAAGGAGUACCGGAAGGACUACGAGGAGCAGGUGAAGGGGAAGGCUUUGGUGGAUGUUGACCAGACCCCUGGAUACCUGACGGCGCGCCACGCCAGCAGCCUGCUGAGCGAGAAAGAGUACAAGAAGGACCUGGAGCAGGAAGUGAAGGGGCGGGGCUUGUCUGGGGUUGGUCUUGAAGAAACCCCUGAGUUAUUGAGGGUGAAAAAAGCAAACCAGAUUCUCAACCAGAAGGAGUACCGCAAGGAUCUGGAGCGGGACAUCCUGGGAAAAGGCAUGGAGCUGAGCCCCGACGUUCUGGAGAUGCGAAGAGUGAAGAGAGCCUCUGAGAUCCAGAGUCAGAGGUCCUACAAACAGACAGAGCAGCUCCGUGAGAACUCGUACGGAACGCUAACAGACACGCCGGAGCUGCUGCACGCCUCCUACCUCAAAGACAUCUACAGUCAGAAGAAGUAUAAGGACGACGCCGAGCGGCUGAAGGAGCGCUACAGCCUGGUGUCAGAAACCCCGGAGAUGGCGAGAGUCCGAGCCAACCAGAGACACAUCAGCUCCCUGCAGUACUGCUGGGACUCCAAGCUGAUGAGAGGCCUGAUGGCGCCCGUCACCGAAACGCCGGAGAUCGUCCUUGCCAGAGAGAACGCCAAAAAGAUCAGUGAUGUCCAGUACAGAGAGGAGGUGGGCCGUGGAACUGCCGUCGCAGAGACACCAGAGAUGGAGCGGGUCCGACGGAACCAGGAGAACAUCAGCUCAGUGAAGUACAAGCAGAGCCCGGCCAAGGCCACCAGUGUGGGAGUGACCCCAGAGGUGGAGCGGGUCAAACAGAACCAGGAGAACAUCAGCUCGGUCAAGUACCAGCGCGGGCUGCAGGAGCUGAGGGGGCGGAGCUGCUCGGAGCUGGACACUCCUGAGUACAGGCGCGUCAGGAGGACGCAGGACUCGGUCUCCAUGGUAGCCAGCUGGUUGUCAUGGCUCCCACUGUGGGAGGAGCUAACAUGAGUGACGGGCGGGACUUCUGCACGGAUACUAACAAGAGGCGGGGCAGAAGCUGCUGGUCGCUGACUGUGAACGGGCAAAAUACCACGAGGAUUUUGAGCGGGCGCGCGGCCGGGGCUUCACGCCAGGACUGGACGACCCCAGCAUGGAACGCUACCAGAGAGCCAAUCAGAUGAUGGGAGAGGCGGGCUACAGCAAAGGCCUCCACUCCCAA